AUGGAUCUUCAUAAGAUUCUAGAUGCUAAACCUCAACCUCAGGUGGUGGAUGAAGAUCAUUUCUUCAUAGAUCCCCAAUAUCAGAAAUCUAAUCACUACAAGAUCGCUACCCCUAUGAGUGACUUCCAAAAAGAGUUAAUGGACCAAAUUGUGUCUCUUCAUUACAGUGACAUCCUCAAGUUCUUCGAACGUGUUGAUGAUUCAAAGAAAGUUCUGACCCAGACACAGGAACGGAUUGUUCUAGACUCUUUACAGACUAUGCUUACCAAUGCACAACUUGUUGCUUCGCAUCCAUAUCUAUUGAUCGACCACUAUUUUCCGAAAAGCUUAACCAACAGAGAUCUUCCAAAGCGAUUGGCGGAAACCAGCGGCAAGUUUGAGAUUCUCCGCGAUAUUCUCAACAUUAUGGACUCGUCGUAUAAUCCAAAGGACAAGAAUGAUAAGUCUAAAGACUCUAGUAAAUAUAUCAACGUUGGAAUUGUGGCAAAGGAGGGUAAGACUCUCGACUUGGUAGACUCUCUUUGCACUGGAUCCAAGUGCUAUCUAAGGAGAUAUUCUGGUGUGAAGGUGAGGGACUCUGGUGCCAAACAGAAGGAGCAUAUGAGGCUGCGUCUCACUGUUCAUCUUUUCCCAUCCAGUAUGGAGAACUUGAACGAGAAGGAGCUUCCAAAUGAAGAUGAAGGUGAAAGUUUGCAAUUGGACUACCUUAUUCUAUUCGAUAUUACGGCAGAUGCCUCGAAACUUCAGUCUUACAUGAUUCCCAAAGGAGUCACCAAAGUGCUUCAAUUGGUUCCUAUAUAUUCAGUGGAUCAUAUUGCAUUGUAUUUCCGCCAUUUGGUGCACAAUAGGAAUUACAAUGACUACUUGAAACCUGUUGUUGCUGCUGUCGUGGUUAUGAGAGACCGUGUGGGACAGUUGCCACCAAUAUUGAAGCCCGUCUACACUAAUAAUCUACAAUAUCUUAUGGAAUGGUUUGAAAAUCCAUUAAGUAUCAAAUGGCCCUUGCCAGAUAUGCCCUCCAUCCCAACAUUCCACGGUAAAGAUGUCGAACACUCGUUGUUGACUGAGGUUAAAUUCAAUUUUGACAAUAAGGAUUUUCUUAAAGAGGAAGCAGAAUCCAAUGGAGAGCCCAAAGAGUUAAAUUUGAACUUCAGUUUUGGAGGACGAAAGACACAAAUGGUGAGCCAUAUAAUUCAACCUCGAUUUUGCGGUAAAGACCAAAGAAAGCUUGAUUUUUACCAAGAAAAAAGAUGGCAGAAGAAGUAUUUGACGAAUCCGUUGAACAGCGAUUACUACAAGCUUACGGGAAUCUCGAGAGAGAUCCACCAGAACGAGGUUCUUACGCAUACUUUGAUAUACAGUUUGACGAUGAAGAUGACGGAUUUGGAGAACCUCAAUUCGGAGGUAAAGACAUUUGAUCACGCCUUUGAGGCUAGGCAGAGAGACUUCAAAGUGAUGCGUGAGCAGUAUUCCAAGAUGUCUAAAGAUAUGCACGAGAUGGGAGAAAAUGUGAGUGGUAAAACGAUGCGGAUCGAAUCAUUGGACAAGUUGAUCGAGGAUUUUAAGAGGCAGAUCAAUGAGUUGAAAGAAAAGAUUACGAAAUUAGUGGAAGCACAGAAUGGGAAGUCUCGAAAGUGGAUGGAAUUGGAUACCAAGGGCGCUGAUCUUCGGGAAGAGAUUGGGAAGGCCGAGGAGCAUCUAGAAUCUAAUGGUAACGAAAUGAAGUACAUGAAACAGGAAAUAGAUAGGGCCGAGAAGUCGAUAGACGAGUCGCGUGCGGCAAUGCAGAAAAAGCUAGAGAAUCUGGAAGAAUUACAGAAGAAAAUUGGAGAUUUGAAGGAAGACAACUCCGGAGUUAUACAGAGACAGAAGAAGUUGCAAGAUGUUAAGGAAGAAUAUGAUAAAGCUAGAAACAAAAAGAUCGAGCUAGUUGAUAGACUCGAUCUAACUAUGAAAAGAUUGAUUGAGGCAUCGACUGGACGAUCGCGGUAUGUAAAUUAUGCGCGAGGAAGUUUGAGGGAUGCGAUCUAA